AUGUACGCCGCCUAUGCGGGGGGAGCUCCCUCGCAUUAUGCUCCACCCCCGCCGCCGACGUACCUGCAGCCCCAUCCUCCCCCGCCGCCUAUACCUCAUCACGUGCAAGUGCCCCCUGUGGGCAUGGGACAAGAUCCCAGCCCCGUGGCGCACUUUUCGAAGAAAAGAAUAAGGUCAGAUGAAGACGAUCCAACUGGCAGUAAGUUCACUAGAAUGGAAGACGAAAACAUCCAAGACAAGGAACGAUUUGCCAGUAGGGAGAACCAUUGCGAAAUUGAGAGGAGGAGACGGAACAAGAUGACGGCAUACAUCACCGAGCUGUCUGACAUGGUGCCCACGUGCAGCGCCUUAGCCAGGAAGCCCGACAAAUUGACGAUCCUCAGGAUGGCGGUUGCUCAUAUGAAACAACUCAGAGGCACCGGCAACACAAGUACAGAUGGCACGUACAAACCAUCUUUCCUUACCGACCAGGAAUUGAAGCAUCUUAUUUUAGAAGCAGCCGAUGGAUUCCUAUUUGUAGUGAGCUGUGAUACCGGACGAGUAAUAUACGUUUCGGACUCUGUAGCGCCCGUGCUCAAUUACUCGCAGAAUGAUUGGUACGGGUCUUGUUUAUACGACAACGUUCAUCCUGAAGAUGUGGAGAAGGUGCGAGAACAGCUAUCGACCCAAGAACCCCAGAAUACUGGAAGGAUUCUGGAUUUAAAGACUGGUACAGUUAAGAAAGAAGGCAAUCACUCAUCGAUGAGGCUAUGCAUGGGGUCUAGGAGAGGUUUUAUCUGCAGGAUGAAAGUGGGCAAUCUACCUCCAGAAAGUAUGACUGUAGGACACCUAAAUCGCCUUAAACAACGGAAUAGCUUAGGUCCAGGCCGUGACGGUCAAAACUAUGCCGUUGUACAUUGUACAGGAUAUAUUAAAAACUGGCCACCAACAGAUAUGUUCCCAGGUGUUCAAUUGGAUCGUCAAUCGGAAGACGAAUUACACAAUUCGCAUUGCUGUUUGGUAGCGAUCGGCAGGUUGCAAGUUACAUCUACGCCCAACACAAGCGACAUGUCAGGGUCCAGCAGCAACGCUGAAUUCAUAUCUAGACAUUCCAUGGAUGGGAAGUUCACCUUCGUCGACCAACGAGUCAUCGGCCUCUUAGGCUACUCCCCGCCCGAGUUAUUAGGCAAAAGUUGUUUCGAUUUCUUUCAUCCGGAAGACCAGACUCACAUGAAGGAGAGCUUUGAGCAAGUGUUAAAACUAAAAGGACAAGUAUUAUCCGUGAUGUACCGGUUUCGAGCAAAGAAUAGGGAAUGGGUGUGGUUACGAACCAGUGCAUUUUCCUUCCUUAACCCUUACACAGACGACGUAGAAUACAUCGUAUGUACGAAUACAACGGCAAAAUCUGUCCAUGCCCCAAGCGAUGCACCGGCAGAAGCGCCCGAACAAGUUAGUUAUCAGCAACCGGGUUUGGACUACAGUUUGCAAAGGCGCGAUCCAAUAUACUCGCAUAUGCUUCCCACUACACAUAUCCAAAAUGAGUACCUGCCUAUGUCUACAACUACAAGUCCUGAUGAUUCUCGAUACCCAAGACUGUUAGCAGAUCCGCAGCAAGCAGCUAGACCUAGUAGUGUUCAAAACGUGUAUACUGCCUACGAGCCUACUCCAUCGCCUAUAGCCUAUGGAUCACCUUCACAGGCUAGUGCGACUAGCAGUAACGCCAGUGUAUUAGCAAGGUUAAGUAAAAACAGCACGACAAGCCCCACCCCGGCUGCAGCUGCUUGGACCUUAAGACAACCACAACAAGCCCCAGACGGAUACCAAUACAGUCAACCUAGUCCCAGAUCUCCAGGCCCGACUUACACCCAACUCAGCGGCGGUAGAUCAGGGCCCAAUGCUGCCGCCUCGGCUUACCAAUGGACCAAUUGGCAGAACUCCACGCAGGCGUCAGAAGCGGGACCCGGCUCAUCCGGAUCGGGGCCUCCACCGCAACCGCCUCACGAACUCUCCGAUAUGCUGCAAAUGUUGGACCAAGGGGGCGCAGCUUCUUUCGAAGACCUUACAAUGUUUAACACAACAUUUGAGUAG